AUGACGAUGAAGCUAAUGCUGCUGCUCCUUAGCUGUCACAUUGCUUCUGCAGUGAAACACUCACUGGUGUAUUUUGUUACUGAAUCCUCGGAAGUCCGAAACAUCCCAGAGUUUAUGGGAGUUGCAGAGGUUAAACGCAUUGAGUUUGGUUAUUGUGACAGCAGCAAAAAGAUAUUGGAAACAAGACAAGACUGGGUCCAAAAAACAUUAAAUAAUGACAUGGCUCAGUUGGAUUCGUACAAUGAACUUUGCUUUCAGAUACUGCCAUACGUCUUCAGAAAGUGGAUUUCAAAAUGGCAGCAGCUGGCCAGCCAAAGUGAAGCUGUCAACACUUUACAGAUGAUAGAAGGCUGUGAAUGGGAUGAAAACACUGGAGAGGUGAAUGGUGUGAUACAGUAUGGUUAUAAUGCAGAAAACCUUCUUGAAUUUGAUCUUAAAACAAUGAAAUGGAUUGCACUGAAACCAGAAGCUGACAUUAUCGAACAUGACUGGAAUGCUAAUGGAAACUCAGCAGAAACAAUCUUCCUCACUGAGACUUGUCCUGAUUGGCUGAAGAAAUAUUUGAAAAAUGGGAACAGCACCCUGCUGAGAAAAGUUUUUCCUUCCAUUUCUCUCCUCUGGAAGACUCCCUCCUCUCCAGUCAGCUGCCACGCUACAGGUUUCUACCCUCAAAGGGCCAUGAUGUUCUGGAGGAAAGAUGGAGUGGAGAUCCAUGAAGGUGUGGAUCCUGGAGAGAUCCUGCCCAACAAUGAUGGGACCUUCCAGAUGAGUGUUGGCCUGAAUGUUUCAUCAGUCACACCUGGGGAGUGGAAAAGAUAUGAGUGUGUGUUUCAGUUUUCUAACGCUGAGGACAGCAUCAUUACCAACCUGAAUAAAACCGUCAACUGGCGAAAAAACAAAUUUAGACAUGAUCCAACAGAAAUCCUCAUCAUUGCUGCAGUGGUUGUUCUUGUUGUCAUCAUCGUUGCUGUUACUGUAAUUGCCUUUCACAAAAUGAAAGAAGUGAAACAUUCACUGAAGUAUUUCGUCACUGGAUCCUCUGGAGUCCCAAACAUCCCAGAGUUCAUGGGUGUACUGGUGUUUAACGGCAUCCAGGCGGGUUACUGUGACAGCAACAACAUGACAUUAAAACCAAAACAGGACUGGGCGAAGAAAAUAUUACAAACCAAUCCUGAGCAGAAGGAGUGUGGAGAGCAUGCUCUCCACUCCUCAGUGGAGAGCAUGCUCUCCUACAGCCUGGGUGUUUGGUAUGCAGGGGCCACUACUGAGAACAGGAAGGCUGAGCAGGAGGUAAUUAACACCACCCAAAAAAUCUUUGGGUGCCCUCUGCCACCGCUGGAGGCCAUCGCUUCAGGAGAACCACGGCCACCACAGGUGACCCACCUUGUCACCGCCACUGCUGGUUAA